GAGUGGAACAUGGGUAGUCUCAGGGUAGCAUGGGAACAGCUCUGCUCAGCCUGGGAAAGGAAGCAGGCUGUCCAUUUUUUGUUGCACAAUCCAAUUAGCUCUCAGUUGCUCUGAUAAGAAACCACAGCAGAUCACACAGAGCCUUUUUGUGACCAGUUGUGCAUCUGUUAGUUGGCCGGUUUUUGGAUUUGAAGCAUCUUCAACAGGCGCUCUAAACAAAGGCAUCCACCAGGGAUCCACCAGGAAAUAAUAAUUCUUCAAACAGCAGCGCAAAAGCUGGGGUAUGUGCAAGAGUUUUCCCUUUGCGUAUAAAUGUUAAAACUAGCUGAAAUAUACGAAUAUUUUCAAUGCAAUCUGUGCAGAUUUGGUUUUAUUGAGCUAAGAAUGAAAGACACAAUCAAUCAAUCUGUUUAAUGUGAUUAUAUUCAUUCCUUUUUGCCAUAUGGGUCCAUGACUGAACGUCCAGUCUUCGAACUAACUGAAUUUACAGUAUACAGUAGAGCGUUUCUCUCUAGAAGAACAGACAUAACAUUUGUGCAUAUUUCCAAAAAGAAUCCUCUGGCUGCUCUCCCCGGUAACAUCUGUUUCCAGACUCUCCCACGAGAUAAAUCCAUUAAUUUGAGGGAAUGUCCAGGACACAGAUGGCCAUCACUUCUGUUUUGCACAGAGCUUUAUAUCUCUUUUCAAAUAAGGAGCAGGAUUCUACUUCAAUAUGUUCACAUCCUGCUUAAGAAGCAGAGUUUCAUAAAUGUUUGUGAGUGAACACUUAAUCCAGUUUGAGUGGCCUAAAUGAUCUUUGACAAAUUGGUUAGUAUGUUGUCAUGUAAUGCUUCUGUGAUACAAAUACAAGUAGAUUUUUUUAAAAGGCUUAAGUGUGCCUGCAUGAUAGAAAACAGAGAGAGAGAGAGAGAUUGAGAGACGGCAAACACUUCAACAAAAAUGGUUUUGUUGACUCGACACUGACUUCAGGGUAUCCAGCUAAUCCAUUCAUCGUAUAAUCUUCAUGUUUACAUGUAAACCAUCUGAUUUGCAACCUUUUCUUAGAACUGUUUCUACACAUUGCACUGAGUUAAAAGACUCGAACUUGUGACAAAUCCAUCAUUAUUUAAACAGUGAGUCUCUUUUAUAUGUUUAUUUUUUUUAAAUAGAUGGUGCUGGGUGCGUACCUUCUGGUGCUUCCCUUCAUUUGGACAGGUAAGACUUAGAAUCAGAACUAACAGAGGAUCAAAACUUCUGGACUAAAAGCUGCUCCUGUUUUAGCAUGUAUGUAAAUAAACAUAGUCUGUGGACCUCUGGGCAGAUAAGGUGAAAAAUAUAAAAAUGAAACAGAAGUGGUCUGAGGAUUGAGCCCUGUGGAACUCCCCCUCUGGUGGGACUGGAGCUUGGGCAGCCCACUUGGAAGAUUGGGGUUUAGGGUAAGGACUUUAACCUCGGUACAUGCAAGCUAUUUGGCAGGGCCUGGAAAAAAAGUGUAAAAAUAACCUCAAAAAGCUCAUUUGGAACAUGAAAAAGACAAUCUCCAAGUGCGUUUCCAAAAUAAGGGUGAAGGAAUUAAGAUAAAAUAUGACUUAAAAUUUAAAUCAGUAGAAAUCGUUGGAUCUCCAUGGGACGGUCAAAUUUUUCCAUAAAAGGCUCUAAAAUGUGGAACAGUGUGGCACAAGUUUACGAAAACCCUGUUACUGUCUCUUCUUUUUGCAGAAAUAGCUGCAAAAUCCCAAUACCCACCAUGUGACCUGCACAUGUUCGAGAGUAAUGUUGACAACUGCCUGUCAGACUUCAACAGGAGCAUGGAGACAGAGGGCUACCAGGCUGGAUGUCCAUGGCCUGGUGUGAAAGGGUAACUUUUUUGUUGUGUAACUCUUGUUUAAAACACAGUUUUAUGUUACAAGCUAAGCAAGGGCGUUUUUAUUUUGAUUUUUCAUUCGUUUGAAUAGAUCAACUCUGUCUGCAGAAGUCAGCGCUCUUCACUGGCCGCUUUGUAAUAUUUCUAGUCUAACGCUCUUGAUCAAAUUACAUCCAUUUAAAAAGCCUGUUUUUCCCUCUGAAAGGCCUUAAUUGAUUUCAGAGUGGCUUAUUCUCACAGGGACGGGCCUCAGAGUAGAUUUUAACCAGACACAGCUUUGACCUCACCCUCUACCCCACCCAAUGCAGUUUUAUCAACAAAAGACAUGAGCAUAAACCGGUCAAUACAGCAAAUCACUGCUAAAUUACUGUUUUUUUCUCAAUGGAUUCUGGUGGCUUUAAGGAAAUCUGUGAAACUAAAAUCUGGUUCUGGUUUAAAGAGGCUCUUAACAGUUUAUUUGGCACAAAUCUCACUGCUGAGUCAGAGUUAGAGUCAGAGUUAGUCAGAGUUAGCGUCAAAGCUAAUUUGCAUCUGUAGUUCAUGAGCAAGGAGGCCAAAAAAAUGUGCAGGACAAGUAGGUACCACCUUCAAUUUCGCUCAUGUUAAGAGCAAAACAACUCUGAGUUAUUUUAUCAGAUACUUUAAUUCUACAGAGAAGCUGAUGUUUUAGCAUGAACGUAAACAACUGUGUCAUCUGCAUAAAGAUGAAUGUGGACCACUAAGGGGCAGGAGAUUGAUAUAAAAACCAAACAAAACUGGUCCGAGGGUUGAGCCCUGUGGAACUCCAGUGUUAUGGUCAGCUAAAGAUGAGUGUAUGUAGUUGAACUCAAGUAUUAGACAAUUUGGAUAAAAGAAUAUCAUAACUGAAUCUUUCAUAGACCUUUUUGAAACCAUGAAUUAAUAUGGUGGUAUCAACUGUCAUCUGGAAAGGCCUUUUAAGAAGUUUCCAAAACUUUUUGUACAGGUUUCGACCUCAAUUUUAACAAACUGAGUCCAUUGGGGCAGUUGAGAAGAUCUCAGCUGAAAUAAGUCAUCUGAGAUAAUCUGACAAAUAUUUCCAGAGCUCAACAUAUCAAUGCCCAGUGACGUAAACGAGAAUAAGGUUGGAUAUAGCGUCACAUUAUGGACUUUCAUUGGGUUUUCAGUGAAGAUAUAUGAUCUAUCAUCACAGAAAACUCAGUUUCUUUCAUGUUUCCUGGCUACAUUUAGAGCUAAUUACUCAACUCGUGAUGUAAAUUGCUGCGCUGUUGCUUUUUGGCUUAAAUUUCCAGACGCUUGUCAUUCGUGGAGACUUUGCUCUCGCUGUUCUACCUACAGUAGAGUGAAGUUGUGACUAAUUACGGGUGUAAUAAUCCAUAUUUUACUGUUAAUAUGGUCUGGGGCUGAGCAACCUCACAGAUCGAGUGAUGUGUUAUGGUGGAGUGUCCAUCAUCACGUUUAGUCCAGCAUGUUGAUCGAGCUUCUGGCUGUCGGGCUCAACGGCUCUCAGUGGAUUUUUUCCACAUUUAAACCUUGUAGUGACAACCGCUCCUGUGAUUUAUGUUGCUUUAGCGCAGCUUUGGUUCUUCUCCACCCGGCGGACGUGACAUGUCAAAACUUCAGAGUGAAAUUCAAGCUUUCUCUAAAACAUCAGUGAGUGAUUUCUCCAUUAAUAAAAAAGCUCAGAGUCACCGAGGCUAGAUGUUUUUGGCUCAUUUUGUACGAUCUCCAAAUGGUCAUGCAUCAUUACAGAAAGGCGUACCUGUCAUGGAACACAUUAGUGCUUACACUUCAAAUCAUAUUUGUACAUUUAUGACCACUUUUUAAAACAGGCCUUAACAGCACAGACCAAAUGAAAGCAUGAAACCGAUUCGCCUCGAGUGGCGCCGCCAGAAUCUGCUGAACACUUGUCUACUAAAAUUCAGAAAUUUAGUCAAACAAAGAAGCAUUUCAUGAGAUUUAUUUAUCUUAAAAGAACUAUAUCAUUUCUUUGUGUGGAAGAUUUUGACAUAAUUGGGAAAAAUAUGUUAAAUGUGCCACUGGUACGAUGAACAGAGGCAAAUUUUCCACUGCCCCUGGGAAAGAAAGUUGGUAUACCACUAGAUUUCAUGACAUGCAUUCCACUGAAAGUAAUAUUUCAGGACCCGAACGCAUCACAUCGAUGGCAGCCCCAUUUUUAGGGACUCCUCCAUUUGCAUCCUACUUCUCUGGGCUUUGGAGGCUGCAUCAGGUGCAUCCUUUGUGGCCCCACUUACCCUGCGACUCCUAGCGGGCCGAGACAAUCAAGAUUGCUGACUCUUGGCCACAAUCCCUCAAAGGCUUUAGCUCCUAGAUUGAGACUCUGCUAAAGUGUGUCAUGGUUCAGUUAGGUGAUGUUAGCAAUCACCAAGAAAAACUGUAAUCCAGAAAAGACAGGGAGAUGUACUUGCAGCUGGUAAGAAAUAUUGAGCAUCCCCUAAAGAAUAACAUACAGGAAGGGCUGCACUGCAGAAGAGCUGUAGAUCUGAUUUGCUGUCAUUAUUUGUGAUGCCAAAUAUGUGAAAACGCUGUUAAUCUGACUCUAACCAUGCUGUUCUCAAAUGUGAGGUGAGAUCUUACUGAAAGGAGCAUUUUAUGUCACGUCAACAUCUUCUCCUUCUCUCUUGUGUCUUCCUCCGCAGCAUCUACAACAACCUGAAGAUCUGUGUGGACGACUGGGCCAAAGUAUCCUGGUGCCAGGGACAAGGAUCUUUAAUUGACAAGAUCUUCUUGAAAGUCCAUCAAAAGUACUUCAGACAAUGUGGACAGGUCCAAGACCCCCCACUCGUCACUGUUGUGAUGUUAAUCGCGCCUGUUGUCAUCGCCACACUCUUAAUGCCAGCUCUGUGUGUCAAACUCGCCCCCUCAGACACAUCCCUGUAGACAACCCGACUUUGAAAUUUAUCUGCAAAGUUAUCACGACUAUUGCAAGGUUGUCUCCAGGCCACUGUGGACAAAAAGGAUAAAUCCAAGAGUGCUUUCAGUGAUUUUUAAGUUGCAUAAUAUUAAACUACAAACCAUUAAUUUAUGUGCAUUUUUAUUUUAGUUCAUUUCCAUGCGAAGAAUCGUAUGAUUAGCGAGUACAGAGGUUCCGUAAAUCAGCCUGCAUUUACCAUAUGAUACAUUCAGUCCACAUAAAUCCAUACUUGACUGUGUAAAUAUGUGUCCAUGAAUUUCUGCGCUCUCUGGAAGUCAUUAUUUUGUCAUAUAUGCUGAAGCCCACCCAACUCGCACCUAUAGAGAGUGAAGGAAAACAAAACCCUGUUAAUGAUUUACUGCACAAGCUCACUGCACAAGUUCAUGUGAUACUUCAAACUUUUUUUUUGUACUGACAACAGAAAAGAAAGAUUCUGUUUGUAUUUGAAACACUCAAUAAAUAUUUAUUACAGACAAAAA